AUGUUGACAAAUAGGGGGGUGGGGGUGGGGGUGGAGGAGGGCCGGGGAGGACUGUGGAGAGACGUCUGGGACAAAGAGGAGGAGGAAGACUUCAGGAAGUGUAGAGUCGCUGUCGUCACGUCACGAUUUCACAACCACAGAAACCUGCAGCUGUGCUUCAUCAACUACAGCGACAGCGACGAUGACGAGGAAGCAAGCAACAGGAACAAAAAGGUUUCCAUGGCAACGGGGCGUAACGGUUGCCAUGCCGCCGGGCUAAAACAGGAAGUGGCCAUCGCUCUGAGGACACUAAGAGACGAACUGCUGGCUGAGCAGAAGGAGAGCGAGUUACAGCGUCUGACCGGCAGCAGCUGCGUUGCUGAGCGGAAACAUCUGGAGCGCUGGGAGCUGCAGGAGAGAUCAGAGCAGCAGCUCAGCAGCCUGAGAGCAUCACUUCAACAGGAAGUACACGCUCUGAGCUCCGAUCUGGUGACACACUUGUUGGUCCGAGACCAGCUGAGGACAAAGCAGGACGCCAUGCUGCUGGAUGUUCAGGACCUGACCUAACAGCAAGACCAGAGACCAGAGUCCAGGACCAGAGACCAGAGUCCAGGACCAGAGACCAGAGUCCAGGACCUGACCUAACAGCAAGACCAAAGACCAGAGUCCAGGACCAGAGACCAGAGUCCAGGACCAGAGACCAGAGACCAGAGUCCAGGAACUGACCUAACAGCAGGACCAGAGACCAGAGUCCAGGACCAGAGACCAGAGUCCAGGAACUGACCUAACAGCAGGACCAGAGACCAGAG